ACCGCAAGAGAAAAAGAUAACCAGAAAAGUUUCAACUGUUUCGGAAUUCAGACUCGACUGUGUUGUGUUGUACAGACUACAGUCUACAGAGAUGUUGGUUUUGGGUUCUUUGCAGUCUCCUUCUCCCUUUGUUCCAACAAGCUCUUCUUCUUCUUCUUUCAACAAGAGCUUUCUUACAAGGAGAAAUUCGAUAGUGUUUGCUUCCUCUGUUCUGGCUUCGUUUCUCCAUUUGCAACCCAACUCCAUUUGCCCAUUUCAUUUAGCAAGAGCCGAAGAUGAAUUUCAGCAAGAAGAAGGGCGUUCCGUCCAAUUAUUCCAGGAGACUUCACCUUCUGUGGUCUUCAUUAAAGAUCUUGAAGUAGUUAAAGAUCCCAAGAGGUCCAAGGAGAUCAUGCUUACUGAGGAUGAAAAUGCAAAAGUUGAAGGGACAGGUUCCGGCUUCAUCUGGGAUAAGUUCGGACAUAUUGUCACUAAUUAUCAUGUUGUAGCUAAACUAGUCACAGAUAAAAGUGGGCUUCAGCGUUGUAAGGUUUUUUUAGUAGAUGCUAGUGGCAAUGGCAUUUCCAAAGAAGCCAAGGUAAUUGGUUUUGAUCCUGCAUACGAUCUGGCUGUUUUGAAGAUUGAUGUUGAAGGAAGCAAAUUAAAGCCUGCCCUUCUUGGUACAUCCCAUGAUCUCCGUGUGGGCCAGAGCUGCUUUGCUAUUGGAAAUCCUUAUGGAUAUGAGAACACUCUAACAACAGGGGUAGUGAGUGGGUUAGGCAGGGAGAUUCCCUCUCCAAAUGGAGGGGCCAUUCGAGGAGUUAUACAAACAGAUGCUGCUAUUAAUGCAGGAAAUUCAGGUGGACCAUUGAUUGAUUCGUAUGGUCAUGUCAUUGGAGUAAAUACAGCUACUUUCACUCGCAAAGGAACGGGAAUAUCCUCUGGCGUCAACUUUGCAAUACCAAUUGACACUGUUGUACGGACUGUUCCUUAUCUGAUUGUGUAUGGAACACCUUACACUGACAGAUAUUGAUCUCCAUAGGUGACUAACCAGAGGUUCACUCUGGUACAUCAUAUAUGAUCUCAUUACCAUGUUUGGAGAUGAUAACUAUAGAUGAUUGGACAGUAGGCCUCCAUGUAGUGGUCUAGACCUUAAGAGUUCUGAUUAUUAUUGUAAUAGAUGUAACCAUAUAUUCCUAUAACAAGAAAAAUUUUUAUUGUUGCACCCUCUAUUUUAGGUUUUGUGCUUCUGAAUGAUGCUCUCAUUUCAUCUAGUUAUCUCAUGGCAUUUUCUUUAA